GUUAUAUAUAUUGUAGACCUGUUAUAAACUGUUAAUUGGUGCUCUCAAGUUUCGUGGCACUUCGUGUGGAUUUUAAACUAUUAAAAGAGGAGUAUGCGGAAAAAUAGAAGGCAGUGAACAUGUUAAAGUUUUCUGGAAGCCACACCAGCAAGAAACAAAAGCGAAAAAGCCACGUGUUCUCUAAAGACACAGAUAAUGAGGAAGAACGAGGAUCUUUUGAUAAUCCCUCGGAGCCAGAGGAUGGCCGGGGUAGUCCACUAGAUACAGUAGAUGGAUCAAACUUGACAUGCAUUGCUUCAGGUAGCGAUAAAUCAAAUACGGUAAUCAGAAGACCAAUGGACAGCGAAAACCGUGCAGACGGUCGGAUUAACCCGAAUAACCAACCGUUUGUAAAAGAAGAGCCAAGAACGAAUAGGCCCACCAGAGCUUUGGUUUCUGGAGAGUCAUUAUGGUUUACAGUUGAUGUACUUUUUCAGUGGUUUACUGAAAUUGAACGUGGUUCUGAUAAAACAGAUCAAACAAGUUGUAGGAUUAUAAAUUUAAAAUCACAAGCAUUGCCUCCAGACCUUGAAGAGGAACCAGUUGAAACUAAACAACCAGCUAUCAGAGAGCGUUCUACUGCUGUUGAUCGCGAUCAGCGAAGAUCGUUUAUUAAUCCUUCACCACUAGGGGACAUCUCACUUAUCCGACGAGAAUCGUCUCCUGCCACUUCUGGAGUUGCGUACUCACGGUUCCUUGCGAAACACACCGAAAACCGGAGCCGACACUCUUUGAGUCCUCAUCGUUUGAUCCGACCCGCAUCCAAUCUCAGUCUUAGCAACAUCGACAUCAUCCUAAACGAUCACGAGGAUCUCUUAGACCCCAAUCCGAUCCCCGCACGUCAUCAACGCAGUCCCUCCAUCCCAUCUUCACUAGAAUCAUCAUUUCACUAUCAUAGUCAUUCUGUUUCACCUUUUGGUUCGACCGAACACAUCCCUGAUAACAACCUCAAUAAGAGCAGGUCGCAGCAGAUUUCUCCGAGCCACAAAAGCCCUACAGAUUCAGGGGCACAUGCAGUUCACCAGCCUCGCCCUCAAGACCAAGCAUACUCAAGCAAUCUCAGGCGAGUUAACUCUGAGCUGCCACAAGGACCAACAGGAAAACCUCUUCGAUACUUACCACCAGGUAGUGGCAGAUCAAGUCCACUGUUAGAAGUCCAAUACAGCAAAGUAAAGAAGAAGAAGCCGUACUACACCCGUGUGCAGAAACAACGUACCUCAUCUUCAGGUCAAAGUUCAAGUGAAGACCCUUGGUCCCCUCUUCCAGCAGAGGACCCUUACUCCCUUCCAGAAGAUCACCAUCUUCAUCCUCCAAGUGAAUAUUCGGAUCGCGAUCGCCCAAAAAGCGUUCCCCCUGGCGAUUCUCCGGAGCAUAACAAACGUCCUCGUUCAGGAAGUUUCCCUCUGUUUGAAAUAGGAGAUAGGAAGCUUACCGAUCCAUACACUUACAAUAAUCCUGUUGAUUCGAUAUCUACAUUCCUGCCUAUAGAUCCAGACGAUUCCCAGCUUGAUGAAAUAGAUCAGUUGAAUGCACACGGAUCAUCAAACCAAAACAUUGAACAACUUCACGAAAAGUUUUUUAAAAGUUUUGAAGAGACAAAAAGAGAAGCAGAGGAGACAGCCAGACUGGCCUCUCAACAACCACCAGAAAAGAAAAAAGGUCUAGGUUACUCGAUUCGUCGUACAAUCCGCCGACCAUUCACUGACCACAAGGAGGCGAAAGAGCACAGAGAACAGAAGGAGCCGCUCUCGCAUAAAUAUUCAUCGGAAAGUGAAGGAGUGCCAAUAAGUCCACCUCCUCCAACUUACGCAGCUCCUACUCCAAAAGAGGACCGUGGAAGCAAACUUCAGAGGUUCCACAGUGCUAGACAUUCAGAAGUUAAUAAACCAAAGACUGAAAGAAGUCAGGAUUCUCUGCGUCGGAUCCAGAGCCAGCGUUACGACCUCGAAGUUGCAGCGAAAGCUCGUCAAAGCGUCGGAAACAGUCCCCGCCACUCGAAGUCAGUAAACAACCCACCCGACCUUCCAAAUUUCCCUUCAUCCUGGUCAAACCAUAAACACAGAUUCCAAGAAGACAGUGAUAACUGGAUCAAAGGGUCAGUUGAACAAACAAGGAAGAUGGAGCAACCUCCACUGCCAUCCAGGAAUAAACUGAAGACUCAACCUUCAGUUUCAACCCUUGAGAAAAGUCUGAUCAAAAUCCACCAACUCAAUGGAGCUAUGAGCACAGUCAAGUAUGCUGACUCCAUUGAUAUCAAGGGUAUAAUUCGUGCGGUGACUCGGCGUAUUCACCCUGACGGGUUGUUUUUCGUGGAUUGUUUUGGAUUGAGACUUCGUCACAUGAAAACGGGGGAUGUAUUUUGGCUUCACUUUAAUCAAACUAUGGGAGAAGUGAAAGAGAAAUAUGAAAUAAUUCAUCCGAUAGAUGAAUGCAAAUAUGAACUUCGUGUCCGAUAUAUCCCAAGAAACUUACAAGAAAUGUUGGAAAAAGACCGAAGUACCUUUAAUUAUUAUCAUAACCAGGUGUAUUCUGAUUACUUAGAAGCCAUAGCUGAAAAGGUUGACCAUGAUACCGCUAUUAAACUUGGUUGUCUAGAAAUACGAAGAUAUUUCAAGGACAUGCCUCACAGUGUGUUUGAAAAGAAAUCCAACUUUGAACUACUAGAGAGGGAUGUUGGGCUUCGAAAGUUCCUCCCAAAGUCCGUGAUCGAGUCUGUAAAAGCAAAAGAUCUUCGAAGGAUGAUCACCAGAGAGUUCAAGACGGUCGGACACCUCACUGAGGAGCAAUGCGUCUUCCGAUUCUUUGAAAUCCUUCGGAAGAUUACAAGAUUUGAUCAAGAGAUCUUCAGAUGCGCACUCGGGACUGGUUGGAGUGUAGCGGUUGAACUUGUGGUCGGACCUGAAGAUGGGAUCAGUUAUUGGACAGAUAAAGGAUCCUCACCAACUAUAUUAGCUGAAUUUAAGCAUGUUCAAUCUAUUAAAACUGAUUCUUUCACCGACCCGAACAAGAAAGGAACUUUAUUAUUGAAGAUACAAGGAGCUAAUGACCCUCUUACAAUCACGACUACAUCGUUAUACGUUGCGGAGAACAUAGCAGACCUUAUAGAUGGAUAUUGCCGUGUAGUUCAUGGUACAGACAUAAGCUUCAUCGUACGCUCUUUACCCAAACGAGAACUCCCCCCUACCCCCGGUAACGAUCUAGGAGCCACCGUAGAAGCGACCCCAAUGCAUAACAUGGCUCGUAGGGAGAACAAAGCAUUCACAUCUGAUACUGACGACUACGCCGAGAUUACUGAAGAUAUGUACAAUGUCCCAGAGACUUUUGACUACGAAAUACCACGUGAACUUAUUCGAAUUGUCACAACGGUUGGCGAAGGACAAUUCGGUGACGUACAUAAAGGAAUAUACAGCACCCGCGAAACCCCUGACUUGCAAGUUGCAAUCAAGACAUGCAAAUUUCAAGGUCAAGAUGGCAUGGGAGUUGCCGACAGAUUGCUGGAGGAAGCACAUACAAUGCGACAAUUUGAGCAUCCACACAUUGUCAAACUUAUCGGCGUUUGCACUGAGGAGCCGGUUUGGAUCGUUAUGGAGUUCUGUAAAUACGGAGAGAUGAGAUCGUAUUUGCAAACGAACAAACACAAUCUUGACGUCACAAUGCUGAUUACGUACGCAUGUCAGCUAAGUGAAGCACUUUGUUACUUGGAACAUAAGAAAUUCGUGCACAGAGACAUCGCAGCCAGAAAUAUUCUUGUAGCGCAGCCGGACUGCAUUAAAUUAGGCGACUUCGGUCUUUCCCGAUACAUGGAAGACCAGAACUAUUAUACAGCAUCAAAAGGUAAACUUCCAAUCAAGUGGAUGGCACCCGAAUCUAUUAACUUUCGAAGAUUUACAACCGCAACUGAUGUGUGGAUGUUCGCGGUAUGUUGUUGGGAAAUCCUUAUGAUGGGAGUCAAGCCUUUCCAGGGGGUAAAAAAUAAUGACGUCAUUGGAAAAAUAGAAGCCGGGGAACGAUUGGCGAUGCCUUCGAAUUGCCAACCAGCGUUAUAUGACCUAAUGCUAAGAUGCUGGUCAUACGAUCCUGGAUUCAGGCCACUGUUUGAGGAGAUUCAGCAUGAGUUAUACAUCAUACUGGAUGACGUCACACACCAACAAGACGAAUUAAGAAGACUUGAAAGUGGAGGUGUAGCUGCCCAGUGGCAUGGAGCCGACGAACCGCCACCUAAACCUAGUCGCCCGGGAUUCCCCGGAAGUCAAGGGGCAAGAGGUUACCCACCCCAACCUGGGGCCCAAGGACCCCUCUACCAACCCACUAACCAAGGAUACUUAGGGGGCAGACCUGCGAUUCCACCCAAAUCUGUGCCAAGGAUAAUGACAGCAGAGGAAUUGGCCAAUCACGAAGCGCAGGAGAAGUUACGUCAGCGACAGUUUGAAGAUUCCAAAUUGGAAGAAAAAUUGAUGAUUCAAAAGAAACAAGCGGAGGCUGAUAAACUAUGGUUGCAACAAGAAGAAGAACAACUGAAACCUGAAAGAACUCCCUCUAACGGCGACUUGGAGGAACAGGACCCUGAUCAUCUUUAUCAAAGUGCUGAUGAGGUCAGACAACGAAGAGAGGCAUCUGCCGGGAGAAAUGCGGUCGACGUUGCCCCUCCACCCCCCUCUAUGCCCCCUGCCAAGCCACCCCGUAACCCCCCAAUCAAAGAUGUACAAGUCGCUCAACCGAGACCGCCAACCUUCGAAGAAGUAAAGCCGACUCCAACCAUGAAAUUAGACAGAGAAGGCGACGCUGUGUACAGAGAUACAAUGUUGGUAGUGAAAGCUGUUCUUCAAGCUAACCAAGAAGUUAUGGCUGCAAAACCAGACGAGAUUUUUGUUCUUGUAAAAAACAUUGGUAAAGCAUUGAAGGAGCUGUGUACAAGUCUCGACCAAGAAACUCCACAUUUGCCACCUGAGUAUCACAGAGAGAUUGAUAUGGCUCAGAAAACAACCAACAAAGACUUAUCACAAGUUAUAAACCAGAUGAAACUGGUGAAACGAUUUUAUUCAACUACUCAAGUCACUGACUACAAAAAGUGCAUGAUGGCUGCAACUCAAGUUCUUGCAAUGGACGCAAAGAACCUGCUCGAUGUUGUCGACAAAUCUCGUUUGCAAGCCCUCGCUGGAGCCAGCAACGGCCAUGCCACUUCGAACCCCGAGGAACCCAGCGGCGAAUCUGCGGGCCCCGACCACACCUUACCCCCGCCACCGUCAGAACUUUUACACGAUGCAUGAAGGCGGUGGUAAAAGAGUCCUGUUAAAAUUCCUCUCAACCUGGUUCGAGUUGCUCCGAACGUUAAGCGCGAGUAAAUCAAGUCGAUAGAACAUACCACUGACCGUGGAACACCAAAGCACUUGUCGGACGUUUUGUGUUUUUUCUAUUUUUAUCUUCUAAUAUUUUGACAAAUUCUGACCAUACAAUCGCAUACCUUCGUAAAGCAAUUCUGUGAACAUUAUUCCAAUCGUAAGAAUGGUGUAGAGUGAAAUUUAAACUCAAACUAAAUUACCUGUUACAACCUGCUGAUCAGUUUAUGCUUUCCUAACGUUUUGUUUUAUCAAACAGUAAGCGGUUCACGCUUUAAGCGAUAUUAAAUCACGAGCAGUAACUUUAUAUUACGGUAAAAAAAAGUAUUUUCUGCCCAAAACUUUAUUCAAAAACUCAACACCAACUGUUUUCCCAUACUUGGAUAAUAUGACACGAUGAGACCUUUUUGGCUGCUGUUUCUACUUGUAUUUAUUUCUUCUUGAUAUAUUCUGCUAAUUUCCAAGGUUUCGUUGCCGAAAUACAAACGAAGUAACGAUA